AUGGACUUGCUCCGCCAGGUAGUAGCUGGCCCGCGAGCGAGACAUCCUGAGGCGGGUCUCGACCUGUGCUAUGUUACGGACAACAUCAUUGCUACUUCCGGCCCCAGUGGCACAUACCCUCAAGUCGCCUAUCGAAAUCCUUUGAAAGACCUAGUCAAAUUUCUCGACUCGAAACACGGGGAUCAAUGGGCCAUCUGGGAGUUCCGUGCGGAAGGCACGGGAUAUCCAGAUGAAGAGGUCUACAACAGGAUACGGCAUUACCCAUGGCCCGAUCACCAUCCUCCUCCUUUCGCCCUCGUUCCACUGAUCAUAGGCAGCAUGCGUCAAUGGUUGAAGGACGACACUGCCAAGGGAAGAGUGGCAGUUGUACAUUGCAAAGCAGGAAAGGGCCGGAGUGGCACAAUAAGCUGUAGCUAUCUCAUCAGCGAGGAGGGAUGGACUCCUAAAGAUGCCAUGCAACGCUUCACAGAUCGCCGAAUGCGACCAAAUUUUGGAAAUGGCAUCACCAUCGCAAGUCAGCUGCGAUGGAUCACAUAUGUUGAUCGCUGGGCGAAGCACGGAAAGCAGUACGUGGAGAGACCCAUCGAGAUCGUCGAGGUCCACGUGUGGGGCUUGAGAGACGGUGUCAAGAUUGCUCUCGAAGGAUAUGUGGACGAGGGCAAAGUGAUCAAGACUUUCCAUACCUUCAAGAAGGACGAGCGGAAAAUCGUUCGGGGCGAGAUCCGCAAAGAUACAGGUUUUGCUGAUGUUGCCAUGGAGAUGAUGGGCAAGAAGAAGACAGAGCAAGCAGCUGAUGCAGGGAAGCAGAUCAAGGAUGCUGAGAAGACGGAAGCAAAGGUGCUUGAGAGACAACCAUCUUACGACGACAGAGAUGGAGGCGAUGUUGUCUUUACUCCAUCGAGCAGGAUUGUGCUCCCGUCUUCUGACGUCAACAUCGACUUCGAACGACGAAACAAGAGCAAAUACGGCGGUUUCACAAUGGUCACUUCUGUAGCUCAUGUCUGGUUCAACGCGUUCUUCGAAGGCAACGGCCCGGAACAGAAGGGUGUCCCGGAUGACAGUGGAGUCUUCAGCAUUGACUUCGAUGGCAUGGAUGGUAUCAAAGGCAGCUCUCGGAAAGGUACAAAGUGCUUCGACAGAUUACAGGUUGUUUGGAGAUCCGUCGACAAGGCGCCAAGCGUCAAGGUCGACGAGCCAUCUGAAAGCACCGAGCACAUUCCACAAGCGCGGCCAGCGGAAUGGAAGCAAGACGAGAAGUCCGAAGACUUUGAAAGGAAACUCGGUCUCCGACAAGCAACCUCGGAUUCGGCGGAUGUCUCCCGCGCUAGCAGCAUGCGAACGGAACGAACCAGUGACAAAGACGACGUCAAAGACGAGUUGGAUACAGUACAGAGCACCGGACCUGACGGAAGGCAGCUCGCCGAAGGUUUCAAUCACGAUCGACCCCCGAUUGGGACCAAGCUAGGGAAACUAAUCCCCAGCAAGUCUUCUUCGACGAAAGAUGCCAGCAAGGAGGACUUGGCGUCGCAAAAGGACGGGAAUUCAGAAGCGCCUUCGUCAUCUACAACACUGGCGGAACCGAAUUGCUCCCAGGCAGACCUUGAGGGCAGCAGGCACCAUGAUCACACGAUAGGUCACGUGAAGUUGAGCAAGAACACGACUACCAGUUCGUAGUACGACCGGAUGUCGCGUCGCUCAAUCAUAUCUAGCGAGGCGUUCGGGCGUGAUCGGGUGGCAUACUGGUGAUGGACGAGACGAGAUGAACAGCACUGAGAGGCGAUAGAUUGUCAGUAGAUACCCCAUCAUACAUUAUCAUGGCUGGCCAGAGGUCGCUCUCUAUCCUUGCGCAAUUCCCUCCAUCUCCCUCUCAACAUCCUCACAAAUCUCUCGUAUAAACUCCUUCUCAUCAUCAACACCCAACAUCCCCUCCCACCAAGUCACACUCAACAUCAACGCGCCAUCCUUCGCGCUCGCUACACUCACACAAAACGGUGGUCCAGUCCCGUUUGCAGAUUGCGAGAAGAUCAUAUUCUCAACUCGAUAUUUUUUUGUUUCCCCUCCAUUAUCACCAUCAUCGAAGAAAACCCCCAAAUUACUAAUCUCAAAACUCACAUCUGCACGACAUUUCGACUUCCUGAUCGUCCACUCCCGGAAAUUCGACAAGUAUUUCAGGAGACCGACGGGAUGAUCUUUUGUUGUCGAGGCUGCGGCGGCGAGUUUGGAAGUUAAUUUCUGGAUUGAUGUCCAUUCUGUUUCUGCGAGAGCAGGAGUUGAGAGGAGGGAUGGGGGUAUUUUGAUUGUUUCGGUGAGUGCGGAAGAGUAGUUAGCCAUUGGUUGAUUCUGUGCUUGGCCUAGAGCACGGCGGAGAUCGAUGGGUGUUUGUGAGAGGAAUGUGGUGUGGGUUUCACCACGUUUUGUGAGGGCUCUGCUUAAAGCUCGGGCGAAGAGGUGUUGGAGGAAGGCUGUUAGGCGGGUUGAGUGGUUUCUGCAUGCGGAUAAGGUGUUUUUGAGCGUUGAGGCGGGGACUGAGGU